AUGCUCGGGUCAAUCUUCAGCAUCCUGCUGUUGAUCGCCGCGGCGGACGCGACCGGCAUCGGCGUCACCUACGGCAGGCGCGCGACGAGCCUCCCGCCGCCGGUCGACGUGGCGCGCUUCCUCGCCCGCGACACCAUCGUCGACCGCGUGAGGCUCCUGAACGCCGACCCGCUCGCCCUGCGCGCCUUUGCCGGCACGGGCCUCGCCGUGGACAUGACCGUCCCGAACGCCGUCGUGCCACGCCUCGCGGGCAGCGUCGCCUUCACGCGGCAGUGGGUGCGCACCCGCGUCGCGCCCCACGCGGCGGCGGGCACCAACGUGUCGCGGAUCCUCGUGGGCAGGGAGGUGAUCUCGCAGGCCAACCGGACGCUGCUCCUCGCCCUCGUGCCGGCCAUGCAGAACCUGCACGCGGCGCUGGUCGGCGCGUCGCUGGAUGGUCAGAUACAGGUCUCGACCGCGCACUCCCUGGGCGUCCUGGACGCGCUCACCACGUCGCCGUCCGCCGGGCGGUUCCGCGAGGGGUACGACGCCGCCGUGGUCAAGCCGCUCCUCGCCUUCCUGCGCGCGACGGGCGCGCCGUUCAUGGUGAACGCGUACCCGUUCUACGGCCUCACCGACGACACCCCCCUCGACUUCGCGCUGUUCCGGGUGGGCGCCACGGGCGUCAUGGACACUGGCUCCGGGCUGCUCUACACCAACGCGCUGGACGCGCAGCUCGACGCCGUGCACUCGGCGAUGGAUCGGAUGGGCUUCGGGGACGUCGACGUCGUGGUGGCCGAGACCGGGUGGCCGUGGGCGGGGGAGGACUGGGAGACCGGCGUGGGCGCUGACCACGCCGGGGACUACAAUAGGAAUGCCAUCCGCCACCUCGGGUCCGGCGUCGGCACCCCGCUCAGGCCGAACCGCACCUUCGAGGUCUCCAUCUUCUCCCUCUUCGACGAGGACCUCAAGCCCGGCCCGCUGUCGCAGCGUCACUUCGGCCUGUUCCACGCCGACAUGACGCCAGUCUACGACGCCGGCAUCCUCGCCGCUCCGGAGUAUGUUGGGCCAGUGAGUUCGAAGGUAACACCUGCGGCAGCGGCAUCGGUACCGGCACCCGCGCCUGACGCGACAGCGGCGGACUCGGGCGGGCGGCGGUGGUGCGUGCCGGCGCCGGCAGCGGAUGCGGCGGUGCUGCAGGAGAACAUCGACUUCGUGUGCGGCCAGGGAGGCAUCGACUGCAGCGCGAUACGGCUGGGAGGCAGCUGCUACGAGCCGGACACGCUGCAGGCACACGCGGCGUACGCCAUGAACCUCUAUUUCCGAAGCAACGGAGAUCACGAGUUCGACUGCGAGUUCGGUCAUACCGGCGUCGUCACCACCGCUGACCCAAGUUUUGGAGGCUGCAAUUUCACAUAAAAACAAGGGGACGACGUACCGAUGCAUCCGCAGGGGAAGAAGACCUGUGUUUAUGUUUGUGUUCAACAUGCUUCUUAUUCAACUUUGUGCGUCAACAUUUCAUUAAAAAAAAGUGUGUGUGAACUUUCUUAUAAAUGAUAUAGUACCUCUCCGCUUUACUGACUAACAUUUAUGUAAAUACACUACACACAAAAAUGCGUCUAGAUAGUCAAUUAAUAUCAAAUGGAUGAAAUAUCUGCUAAGAUCAAUCUCCAGUGAAAAGCGCAUUAACAGUUCGUAAUUUAGAGAAGAAUUGGGAUAGAACUAGAGCAAGUGUAAUAGUAUGCUUAUAGCUUGCUUAAUUGAUUUUUUUUUUUGUCUAUGUAAAGGAGAGAUACAUGAAAAA